AUGCUUCCAGGGCUCUCAAGCAAAAAAAGUUCAGGUUGUCGAUUAUUAUCAAUUGCUAAAAGGUUGAAUAUAACACAUUUCUCAUCUGGAAUCAGUCACCGGUUGCCGCAAGCAUAUUACCUUCGAAGAUUUCAUAUUUAUCGCAAAAUGAGCACAGAAGCCAAUUUUCAACAGCUGUUUAAUAAGAUUGACGAGCUAAAGCCCCGCUUCAUCGAGCGUCUUGCUAAAGCCAUCGAGAUCCCUGCGGUUUCUUCAGACGAAAGUUUGAGACCGCAGGUUAUCAAGAAGGCCCAGUUUAUUGCCGGAGAGCUUCAAAAGCUGGGCUUUUCUGACAUUCAAAUGAAGGAGCUAGGGGCGCAGCCCCCUCCAGUGGCUGACCCAAAUCUACCACUACCCCCUGUUGUUUUAGCCCGCUACGGCUCUGAUCCUGCCAAGAAAACUGUUCUGGUUUAUGGUCACUAUGAUGUGCAACCCGCUGCUCUGGAGGACGGCUGGGCCACAGAACCCUUCAAAUUAAUUAUCGACGAGGAAAAGCAGUUGAUGCGUGCGAGAGGUGCUUCAGAUGAUACUGGUCCUUUGAAGGGCUGGCUCAACGUUGUUGAAGCCCAUCGUGAGCUUGGGCUCGAUCUGCCUGUGAACUUAGUGACAUGUUUCGAAGGUAUGGAAGAGUCAGGGUCCAUUGGAUUGGAUGGCUUGAUCGCUGAAGAAGCUGGCAAAUACUUUAAGGAAGUGGACGCUGUUUGCAUUUCGGACAAUUACUGGUUAGGCACCAAGAAGCCUGUGCUGACGUAUGGUCUACGGGGUUGCAACUACUUCCAGAUCACAAUUGAGGGGCCUGCUGCUGAUUUGCACUCAGGUAUUUUCGGUGGUGUGAUUUCAGAACCCAUGAUCGAUCUCACCAAAGUUUUCAGCUCUUUGGUCGACUCUCGGGGGCGCAUUCUUAUCGACGGUGUCAACGAAAUGGUCGCUCCUGUUACUGAAAAGGAGAAAGAACUUUACGAAAAGAUCGACUUUACUCUUGACGAAAUGAAUGCGGCGUCCGGAUCUCAGACAUGCCUUUACGAGAGCAAAGCGGAUAUUUUGAUGCACAGGUGGAGGUACCCUUCUCUGUCCAUCCAUGGUCUGGAGGGGGCGUUUUCUGCUCAGGGAGCCAAAACUGUUAUUCCUUCCAAAGUUGUUGGAAAAUUCUCUAUUAGAACUGUUCCCGAUAUGGAUUCUGCUAAGCUUGAUAAGUUUGUGAUUGACCACUGUGACAAAGUGUUCGCAUCUUUGAACUCUCCAAAUAGGUGUAAGACCGAGCUUAUCCAUGAUGGCAACUAUUGGAUUUCUGACCCUUUCAAUGCAUCUUUCACUGCGGCCGCCAAGGCAACCAAAGCUGUUUACGGCGUUGAACCCGAUUUCACAAGGGAGGGUGGCUCCAUCCCAAUUACCUUAACGUUCGAGAAGGAAUUGAAGACAAGCGUUAUGCUUUUGCCUAUGGGGAGAGGAGACGAUGGUGCUCAUUCUAUUAAUGAGAAGCUGGACAUAAGCAACUACAUGCAAGGUAUGAAAACAAUGGCAGCCUACCUACAUUACUACGCAGCAUCGAAGGAAAAAUGA